AUGUUGAGCCCAGAAGACUUUGAUGUAGCUUGUAAACCCAAGCCUCUUGGAAACUUCUCAGCUAAUGCCAGUCGGUCAGAAAUCUAUGAUUUUUACCAAGAGGAACUUAAGAGGCGAGAGACAAAUAAAAAUGACAUAUCCCACCUAGCUCAUGCAGUCAAGAUGAUGGAGCGUGCAGUGGUUCAAAAUAUAUAUGGAGACAUUACAGAUGAUUUCCUGUACUUUGAGGAUCCCGCUGAUGAAUUUCGAGGAGAGAAGGGCACUCUUCUCCCGCUUUGGAAAUUCCAGUAUGAUAAAGCCAAAGGACUGUCUGUGACUGCCCUCUGCUGGAGUACUGAAUACAAUGAUUUGUUCGCUGUUGGUCUUGGGUCAUAUGGAUAUACUCAUGAGGAUCGUGGGGGCAUGCUUCUCUUUUACACCCGGAAGAUGCACACUUACCCAGAAUUCAUCUUUAACACAGACUCAGGCGUAAUGUGCAUAGACAUCCACAAACAACUGUCCGACCUGGUGGCUGUGGGUUUGAAUAAUGGCUGUGUCGCAGUGUACAGCCUGCUGGAAAAGAGUAAGCAGCCCAUUUAUAAAAGCACAGCCAGCUCCGGGAAACACAAAGGCCCUGUGAUGCAGGUGAAGUGGCAGGAAGAUCAUUUGGACAGUAAUCACAACUUCAUCUCUGUGUCCGCUGAUGGACAAGUGGGGUCUUGGACACUAAGAGAGCAUGAACUAGUCUUCACAGACAUCAUCAAACUCCCAGCCAUGGACAAAGUUCCUGAUGACCUUAAGGAUGUCAUUGCUACAGCUGGAACAUCUUUGGACAGUCAUAAACAAUAUGACUGGUUUUUUCUUGUUGCCUCUCAAUCUGGAAUGAUUUACAAGGGCUUUAAAUACAUUUCUAGCACUUUCCUAGAGGCGUAUGAUGCACACUUCCUCAUGAGUGUCCAGUGUGUGAGGUGGAAUCCCAUCUAUUCCAACGUCUUCAUCUCCUGCGGCUUGGACUGGAUGGUGAAAAUUUGGGAUGAGAGAAUUAAGUCUCCUGUGUUCACCUUUGACCUGGGAGCUGAUGUGACAGAUGUGGCCUGGGCUCCAUACUCCUCCACUGUCUUUGCUGCUAUCACCACUGAUAGAAAGGUUCAUGUGUUCGACCUUAGUGUCAACAAAUAUGAGGCUCUCUGCCAACAAAUAGUGGUGUCAAGGAAGAAAAGGCCUGUGAAAAUCGAAUUCAACCCUGUCCAUCCCAUCAUCAUCGUGGGCGAUGACCGUGGCCAUGUCAUCAGCCUCAAGCUCUCGCCCAACCUCCGCAAGAAGCCUAAGGACAAGAAGGGUCAGGAGUUGCAGAGUGGGCCGGAGGUGGAAAUAGCAAAGAUGGAGCAACUGUUGAGCUUGGUGAGAUAG